AGGCAGAGAGAGAGAGUUGCAGCUAUAAGUAUAACUGAGACUGAGCAAAGCCAUGUGAGAGUUUCAUAAGGUAGGCCCUCUCAGCAACCCCAACGGCCAUUUUCCUGAAAUCACUCCCACCAGUUUCUGAUAUCUCUAUAAAUACAAACACCAGAGAAGCCUUCAAACUCCAAAGAAGUCAGUCAAAAACUUGAACAAAAUCCUGCUCCUACACCUUCCAAUCAUACAAUUAAGCUCUAGUACUAUAUCAGUCAUGGGUAUUACACGUAUGCCAUCAUCCAUGAUUGCCAAUGCCAAGCAACUUCUCAGACUGCAGAAUACCAGAAACCAGUCGGAUGUUCCCAGAGGCCACAUUGCAGUCUAUGUGGGCGAGGUUCAAAGAAAGAGGUUUGUGGUUCCAAUAUCUUUCUUGAACCACCCUUCAUUCCAACACUUGCUUAGCCGAGCUGAGGAAGAGUUUGGGUUCAAUCAUCCAAUGGGUGGUCUAACAAUUCCCUGCAGAGAAGACGCCUUCAUUGAUCUCACUUCUCAGCUGCAUGCCUCAUGAGAAAUGGAGAACACAGCAGUUUUCUUCACAAUUUUGAACAUUUUUUUUCCCCUAGUAAUGUAAAUGAGUGGUCAGGGCAAGAGUAAAUUGCUCUCCCAGGACAACGUCAUCCAGAAAUUAAUGAAGUUCUUGAAUUUGAAGUCU